GAAAUAUCCCCCACAAUGCAACAGUUUUCCUACAAAAUGUCUUCGCCAUGUUAGAUAGACUCUGAGGAAGGUCCUUAAAUCGGAGUCAUCAGAGGCGUGUAACAUGAAACCUAAAGUUUAAUCAUAACAUGCAAGAAAAGGCCUGGGACGACAAUAUCGAGAUGCAAGCGCAGGGACAGCAAGAAAUGGCUGCAAGACAACCAUCAACUCGAUCCCAAGAUGAUGCUACGGUGGGAUAUUAUUUUCAAAGACCUCACAAUGACCAGGUUCCAAAUUAUCAAAAUAAAAGAUGGGCAGCUGGGGAUGAUAGUGCACUUCCUCAGGCUGGUAGAGCAAUGACAGUCACAGAGUUGGAAACAGGCCUCCAUGCACUGAGUAUUGACAGAGAUUAUUCUGGCAACAACAUGAAUAACAAGAAGAUUUGGGAAGAUGAACAGAAAGCUGGGGGAGAUGCUAAACCUUACUUCGGUACACCUUGGACACCCAGAGAUGAUACAUGGGGGGUGCCCUCAGAACCAGGACAGCUACAUAUGAACAUGGUGGAGUAUGUAUUGGGAGGCUCUCCCACUGGCAAAGAACUAGACUCAAGGCUUGGGCGGCGUCAACAAGGAUAUCCUCCGCAACAAGGGGAGCAGAAAGGAGAGAAGAACAGUAAGACCCCUUCACCAUUUGAAGGCCAGAAGGAGGGCUCUGACCCUGAAAUGAGACAAGAUCAUAACCAGGCCAAUGGUAUAGUUCAGAAUGGCAUGGAAGAUCAGGAGGGCCAGUUUAGAAACCCUGGAAGUAGGCAGACCUCCCCUACUGAGGACCAGCAGCCGAUGGCCAUCCAGUCUCAGUUGAAUGCCAAUGCACAGAAGUUCAUUGCGCCCAAGAAUGAGAUGAUUGAGGGAGGCAACAAUCAGAUGCCACCACAGAUGAUGCCACAGCAAGGCCUCCAUUUAGAUGCCCAGCAGUUUGAGCCGGUGGGGAUAGACCCAAUGAAUUUUGAUUACGCUAACCAGUUCCAGGCACCAUCUAUGGAUAGCCCUGGUAACUUCAACCCCAACAUGGAUUACAAUCAGCAGCUAAUGAGGCAACAACAACAGCAGCAACAACAGCAGCAGCAACAACAGCAGCAGCAACAAAUAGCUGUUCUGGCACCUCAAUACGCUCUAGCACAACAACAGCAACUUGCAGGUCCAACCGCAGUGGUG